AGUCAAAUUAAUUUUAUUUUCAAUUAGUGUUUGUUUGUUGUUUUCUAGUUUCUUGGGCUUUUCACAUUUUCUCUUUAUGUUUUGCAAAAAUUUUACAAAUUUCGUGUUAACUCAAAAUGUUUAGACUCUUCGCGAUAAACAAUUUCAGUUCGGUGCAAGCGGACGAAGAAAACUUGGUAGUCGUUAGUAUUGGUGAUAACAGCACCCACAACGAUCCUGAUCAGAACACUAGCAACAUCAACAACAACAGUUCUCCACUAGUAAGCAGCAGUUGCAGGAACUACAACAACAACAACACGCUCAUAAAUCUCUUCGAUAAACAUUGCGGCGACGGCGACAGCAACAGCAAGACCAACCGCCAUACAGGUAGCAGCAACAAAACGCACUGCGACAAGCACAACAACAACGCUGUCAAUACAUUUCGUCCGCUGAAGGAGCACCAGACGCACGUCGGACGUGAUAGCGGCAGCCGUGCCACGUGUUGUCAUCUCGAAGCCGGCAACAACAGCGACAAAGUCAAUUGCAUUAGCAUCAGCAGUGAUAACAACAACCACAACAGGAAUAUAAAUAACAGUAGGAAUAUUAACGCCAGCAACAGGAGCAGCAACAGAAGGAAAAUGCGCCGCAAUGUGAAAUUCAUUGUUUUUGUAAGCAUCAUUUGGAUAUUCGUCAUGGUUUACUACUUUCAGUCCAGCACGGAAAAGGUGGAGAACCGCGCGCUACGCUUACGCGAAGUGGCCACCGCAAUGCAGCAGUACCAGGACGAGCCAUUCCCCUCGGCCGCCUCCGCACACGGCGGCAGCAGCAGUCAGAGCUUUGGAGGCGCGGCACAUGACAUCAAUCGGCUGCACCCGCUAGGCGUCGGCAAUAAUGAGGGCACCGCUGAAGAGCCCGGCGGCGGUGUUGGCGGAGGUGGUGGUGGAGGUAAUAUUAUAAUUAUCGGCACUGGACCCGCGUUUCAAUCGCGCAUCGGUGGGCUUGGCCUGCAUGCGUAUGGCGCGGCGGGUGGCGCCGCAGAACUGGACGAGGACACACUGCGGCUAAAUGGCAAUAGUGUGUUCAGUAGUAGUAGCGGUGCAGGCGGCUCGGCUGUGGUGGCCAGCGCCACCGGUGUGCAUGGCUCGCUGACAGCGUCGAAUGGCCGCAGCGCUGGCGACUGGGAGUACUUCGAUGAGGCGGGCUACAUAAAGGGCGGUGCGCUGCGCACCGGCGAGGAUCCCUACAUACGGAAUCGAUUCAACCAGGAGGCCAGCGACGCGCUACCGAGCAAUCGCGAUAUUCCAGAUACCCGAAAUCCAAUGUGUCGCAACAAAAAGUAUCGUGAGGAUCUGCCGGAGACGAGCGUCAUUAUAACAUUCCACAACGAAGCGCGCUCGACGCUGCUCCGCACAAUAGUCAGUGUGCUCAAUCGCAGUCCGGAGCAUUUGAUUCGGGAGAUUAUUCUAGUCGAUGACUUUAGUGACCACCCGGAGGACGGCCUGGAGUUGGCCAAAAUCGACAAGGUGCGCAUAUUACGCAACAAAAAGCGGGAGGGUCUUGUGCGUUCGCGUGUACGUGGCGCGGACGCGGCCGUUGCCGGCGUGCUCACCUUCCUCGACAGUCACGUGGAGUGCAAUGAGAAGUGGCUGGAGCCGCUGCUGGAACGCGUUCGUGAGGACCCGACACGUGUCGUCUGCCCGGUCAUCGAUGUCAUUAGCAUGGACAACUUUCAGUAUAUUGGCGCAUCGGCAGACUUGCGUGGUGGCUUCGAUUGGAAUUUGAUUUUCAAAUGGGAGUACUUGAGUGCGACCGACCGCGCGACGCGGCAAAACGACCCGACCACUGCCAUACGCACGCCCAUGAUUGCAGGCGGGCUCUUCGUCAUCGACAAGGCGUACUUUAACAAGCUCGGCAAGUACGAUAUGAAAAUGGAUGUGUGGGGCGGCGAGAACCUCGAGAUUUCCUUCCGCGUGUGGCAGUGUGGCGGCAGCUUGGAGAUAAUACCCUGCAGUCGAGUGGGACACGUAUUCCGCAAACGACAUCCGUACACCUUCCCUGGUGGAAGUGGCAAUGUGUUCGCGCGGAACACAAGACGCGCCGCUGAAGUCUGGAUGGACGAUUACAAGCAGUACUAUUACGCUGCAGUUCCGCUGGCUAAGAACAUCGCUUAUGGCAACAUCGAGGACCGGUUGGCGCUGAAGGAAAAACUGCAGUGUAAACCAUUCAAGUGGUAUCUGGAGAAUGUCUAUCCUGACCUGCAAGUGCCGGAGUCAUUUGAAUUCGGUCAGUUCAAGCAAGGACCCACCGACUGCUUGGACACUAUGGGCAAUUUGGUGGAUGGCACAGUGGGCCUCUUCCAGUGCCACAAUACUGGCGGUAACCAGGAGUGGGCCUACACGAAGCAGGGCCAAAUCAAGCACGACGAUCUCUGUCUGACGCUCGUGCAGUUCGCACGCGGCUCCGAGGUGGUGAUGAAGGAGUGUGAUAGCUCCGAGAAUCAGCGCUGGACCCUACGCGAAGGCGGCUUCUUACGGCACAAUAAGCUUAACGUUUGUCUGGACUCACGUGAUCAGCAAGAGCAUGGUGUGACCGCACAGCGUUGCAACUCGGCGUUGGAGACGCAGCGCUGGAAGUUCGUGGCGAACGGCAAGUAUGCGUGAGAUGAGGCUGCGACAGUCUCAGCGAGGAUGACGAUGAUGACGUUAACGGCGACUUCAGAAACGGAAACGGAAGCGGAAAGUGAGGUGGAAGCAGACGCAUGAAAUUUGUCGAUGAAAGACUAAACGGGGAUCUCACUCUUUACACGACUACCUACUCACAUAUAUAUAUGAAUAAACACAACCACACCCAACACUACUGCAGAAAAUAUUGCCACAACAAUAACUGCUGCCACCAAUUAAAGCAAAAGAUGGAGUACUGACGCAGAGCGAUUAGCCAACUCGCCACAAACACAUACACUCUCACACUGAACACCACGACAAGGCCAAACGAAAGGACAUUGCGUAAUCAAACGGACAGUCGGCUACCAAUUAAAUAGAGCUUGCAGGCUUGCCAAGGCACGGAGGAAGGAUAAUUGCUCACGAGGGUAAUGAUCAUUUGAUGACGACACAAGUAAUGAAGAAUAAUAAGGGGUACAAUUAAGCAUAAACGAGUAAACAAGGACAAGCGUAAUAUUAAAAAAAUUAAUGGAUCGUUGGUCCAGAAACAAGCAGCAUAAAAAGCAAAUGCGGAAGGCAGAGAGACAUGACAACGGCUACAGCCGUCAACUGACACACAUAUUGUAUGAAGAUGAACAUUUGUGAGUUGAAUUUACACGCUUAUUCGUAGCAACAAGCGGUGGGACAGUGCGGUGAGGUCUCGCAUCACGACGAACUGGCAGCCGUCAGCUGGCUUUUCUGGUUUAUCUAUGAAGCAUAAAUUCACGAGGCAGUCACGCUGUUGCAUGCAACAUGGACGAGAGCAAGUAAUUUUGACGAAGUGCAGUACUUUAGAGUUGUUGAGGUGGAAUUAAAUAUUUAGACUGAUUUUUUUACGUUUCUUAACUAUAAACUUUCCUUCAUGAAUUUACACUGCGCACUUUUUGCAUUCCAAAUGGCAAGCAAUAAAUUUGCGAUUGUCACACAUCCGCCCUACUACGCGUAAAAUCACAUUACACAUACUCACACAUGCACAUAAGUUUAAAAAUGCCGCGCCAUCACACAUCCUCACAAAUUAAGAAAGAUACAACUGAAAAACGCCCUGCCUUUUGGAAAGCGAAAAGCCCUUUGCUGUUGAAAUGCAAACUGCUUUCUCAAAUGCCGAAUUCUCCUCACACUUGUUGUCAUUGUUGUUGCACUGUAACACUCUUUCGUCCACCUGCCACUUGCUUCCUUGCUGGCAAAUGCGCCCUUCCAAUUCCUCAACGUCAAUUAGCCAAAUUGAUACAUCGUUUGGGUUCCUCAGAAAAUUGUUGUUCAAAAUGUUAUUGUUUUUUUUUUUAACUCACACACACACACCAGCUCUCGAAUCAUCCCAUCAUAUACAAAACAACAGCAAAGAAUAAAUAGAAAUAAAAUGAUAGAAAAAACGUUACCAAAAGUUAAAAGUAAAAGUGUUGAAGAGAAACAAAGAUUUGUCACUAGAUAAGCAACAACUAAUUGCAGAUUAUAUUUGAGAAUGUAUUGUAAAUAAAGCAUAAUUAUUUUAAAUAAAUGUUAUUUAUAUUGAGAAAUGAAAAAUGAAAAAUGAAAACUAUUGAAUAAAUGAAAAUGCGAGCUGUUUAGUUAUGAAAUACGAUUUUAAGUAAUUAAGACUUAGUUAAUAUUAAAAAAUUAUUGAAAACUAUAAAAAUAAAUGAAAACGUAAAUGAAAUCUG